AUGCAUGGCCCAGCGUUUGUGGCGUCCGUGAUCUGGAGCUUGAGUGUCUCAUUCACGGUUCCAGCGGCUUCUGCUCUAUCCUGUGAGGAUGACGUGGUCGAACUGCUACACAUGCGACAGGUUCGGAUCGACGCUUCCUCGAACAGCACGAAGAAGGAGGAUGCAGGUCAAGAUCAUGUGGACGCUGUCAGAGACGCUGUCAGAGCUGCCACACUGAGUGCGACAACACCGGAUGCCCUGCCACUCCUGUCUUCGCUGAACACCUCGAAACGGCCAGAGGCGGAGCACCUUUCGUCUGCGAUGGUCCAACCAUCUCUGCUGCAAGCAUUGCGGGCAAAGCUUUCCGCAGCUGCAUCAAGCGCCUCCGUUUAUAGGGAUGGAUAUGGUCUUCUGACUGUUGUCGCCGUCACAAUCUUUGCCUUCAUCUCGAGCUGCUGUGCGAUAGUGUCAACAAGGGCGUUUCUUGUGACCGAAAACUGUGAUGCACGGCGUUCAGACUCGGUUCUCGGAAUGCAUGAGCGGCGGCAUCGGCUUCUGCAAUCCCUUCACUCGCUUGGCAGACCAAGUGCUACUCCCAAAUUCAGACCCAACGCUCGCGUUGGGUCUAAGCCCUGGAGACAGUUGGUUAUCGACAGUCCUCUAGAAGGCGACCGACUCGGCGUAAACCUCACAGAGGACACCCUUGUCAUCACCAGCUUCGCAGACCCUCGAGCUGAAACUUUCGGGUUCAAGGUGGGCGAUCGAAUCGUGCACAUCAAUGGCGUGCCAGUAUUUCAGCAGUUGGACUUUCUUCAAGUUCUUUCAGGCGCAAUGCGUGAUUUCCACAGACUGAAGCAGCCCAUCGUUGUGACCACAGUCGAUCCCACGUCCAGCGCCGGCGCUAACAGCAAGCUGGACAUGACUGGCGUCGAGCUGCAGGAUGUGUGUGGAAGAUGGCAACUCAGCAGUGGUGAAAACUUCAUCAUCAGUAGAAUGCCUGGCGUCGAGCAGCUACAGCUGACACUCCUCAUUGGGGACAGCACAGCUUCAACAGGCCUGAUCGUUCCUGAUGGGCCCGACCUUCGAUGCAACCUGUACCGACUGGACAACAGUGAAUUCGGCGAAGCAUGGCUCAGUUUCAAUCUGCAGUCGCAGAAGAUCGAGGCCUCAUUGAAGCCGGCUGGGUCCCAGCACUUCGGCAAAGUCUUGCUUGCCGCACGAGUUUCAGGACCACCUUCGCAAGCCACGCCGCUGCCUGGCCCGCGAGACUUCCCUGGCUCACGGUCUGUGCCAUCGUCAUCGUCCUGGCCAAUGUCUUUGACAUCCCUGCCGCCCAAGACGCUGUCCGGGGAAGAGAUCGGACGAGGACAAGCAAAUGGCCAGGCCUAG